UAUCCUAAAAUAAAGUUUAAUCAUAAUUUCUUUUUAAUUAAUAUUUUUUAUGAAAGACAUUGUAAUAAUAACAUUGUAAAAAAAUAAUGAUAUUAUUAUAUUUAUGCGUAUUAUAUAAAUAUAUAUAUAAAUAUAGAUAUUAUAUAUAGAAUAAUAUAUUGAUAAAUAAUAUACAGAUAUAAAAUAUUAAAUAAAUUACAAAAUAAAUUAAUAAUAAUAUUAUGACCAACAUUGUGACAAAUGUUUGUCUUUCAAAUGGUUAUGAUAUGCCUCUAAUUGGAUUUAGAACAUAUAAAAUUCAAGGAAAAGAAUUAGUAUAUGAAGUAGUGGAUGAAAGUUUAAAUGUUGGUUUUCGUUCUAUUGAUACAGCUAUAGGAUAUCGAAAUGAAGAAGACAUUGGCUAUGCUUUAAAAAAUUUAUUAUAAAAAUAUAAUCUUCAAAGAAGUGAUAUUUUUAUUACAACUAAGCUUGCACCAAGUGUAAAUGGAAAUCCAAAGAGAAUAGAACAAUGUGUGCAGAAAUUUUUGAAAGCAUUCAAUAUUAUAG